UUCGCGACUCUCCUUCACUGAAGGGAAGGCUUCAAACCUGCUUCAAACGAUGUGCAUUUGAUGCAAUUUCUCACAUUGUUUCGUGCCGAGCCGAAGGUCAUGCAACAUUGUCCAGUGACAUGUCGGAGCCAUGGGUUUUCCCUACAGUCUUACUCUGUGUGUACGGCUUCUUCUCCAACCUGCGACCAUCGGAACCGUUUCUUACAGCUUUUCUCAUGGGACCAGACAAAAACCUUAGCGAAACGCAGGUUGUAAAUGAAAUAUACCCACUAUGGACCUACUCCUACCUUGUGCUGCUUUUCCCCGUCUUCCUGGCGACAGACUACCUUCGAUACAAGCCUCUCCUCAUUCUGCAGGCGGCGAGCCUCAUCGUUACCUAUGCUAUGCUUGUGAAGACCCAGGGCGUGCUGGCCAUGCAAAUACUGGAGUUUUUCUUUGGGAUGGCCACAGCAACAGACAUUGCCUACUACUCCUACAUAUACAGUGUGGUGGAACCGGCCCAGUAUCAGAAAGUGACGGGGUUCUGCCGGAGCAUCACGCUGCUGGGCUCGGCCAUCGGGUCCCUGCUGGGCCAGCUGCUCGUGUCUGAGGCCGCGGUCCCCCUGCUGUACCUGUGUGUCAUCACACUGUCGUGUGCCGCCGUUGCGUUCCUGACCCCCUGGUUCCUGCCCAUGCCGGCGAAGAGCCUGUUCUUCCACCAGAAGGACGGCGGUGCUGCGGACGCGUUCGGCGCGGAGGCCACUAGCGGCCCGCAGGGGGACGCUCUGGAGUGCAAGGUGCCUCUGCAUUCCCACGAUGCUGCGGUCGGGGAGCAGGGCAGCCGCGGGCUGGUGGACGUGCUGCGGGUUCUGUGGGAGGACUUCCUGCUCAGCUACUCCAGCAAGCCGCUCCUGGCCUGGUCCGUGUGGUGGGCGCUGUCCACCUGCGGCUACUUCCAGGUGGUCAACUACGUCCAGGCGCUCUGGGAGAAGAUCCUGCCCUCCAGCGAGUUCCACAUAUACAACGGCUACGUAGAAACCAUCUCAACUCUACUGGGUGCGCUGGCUGCGUUUGCGGUGGGCUACGUGAAGGUGUCGUGGGAGGUGUGGGGGGAGGCUGCCCUCUGCCUGUUCUCUGUGGUGAUCGCUGGGGCCGUGUACCUUAUGGACACCAUCAGGAACAUUUGGAUCUGCUACGUCUCGUACGUGAUCUUCAGGGCCACCUACAUGCUGUUGAUAACCAUUGCCACGUACCAGAUCGCCGCCAACCUGAGCAUGACGAGGUACGCGCUGGUCUUCGGCGUCAACACCUUCAUCGCCUUACUGCUGCAGACGCUUCUCACCGUGAUCGUCGUGGACACCAGCGGUCUGGGCUUGGACAUUAUUCAACAGUUCCUGAUCUACGCCAGCUACUUCGCCGUGGUCGCCGUCAUCUUCCUCCUGGCGGGCCUGUACAAGUGGAGGAGGUCCAGACGAGCGUCUGAGCAUGUUGUUCAGACGGGAGAACCCGACUCCGUAGGAGAUGGAACCCCUGCUGGUGAUGAUGAUGAUAAACAGGAGAUGGGUUAUCAGAACCACCAAUAGGUUAUCAGAACCACCAAUAGGUUAUCAGAACCGCCUUAGCUAGUCUAGUCAUCUAAUGGGGCUUUUCCACUGCAUGGUGUCAGCUCAGCUCGACUCGACUAGCAACAACUGGUACCUGGUACCUGGUACUAUUUGUGAUGUCACUUCUGUUGAGGUUCCAAGCGGGCUGAGGCAAUACCAAAAGGUGACGUUAAUGACGUUCAAGUUGUUUUCUUCAGCGUGUCUAUGGCAAUCAGCUAGCUCAGGGAUGGGCAACUUUCAUGACUAAGAGGGCCACAUUUUUUUAUCAUCACCAUCAGAGGGCCAAAUGUGGCCGCGCACUUCCGCACAUCUGAUGCUGCAAAAAUAAUUCUGAAUAAGAACGAAAUAUGUCAAUGCUCAAAUGCAUCUUUUACAUAGACUCCCUAACAACAAAUACAAAUAUUUUACAGCCAGUGAUAAGUAUUAUUUUCAGUGCAAAGGGCUCACAUAAAUCACCAUUCAAUGAUGGCACAGAAUUGAAAAACAAUGGCCCAUCAUGAAGUGCAACAAGCCUCAUAUUCAAUGCAUUUAUGCUCCCACUCCAUUUUUAAGAAUUUAUAGACAUUCCCUAACGUCCAUAAUGAGAGUAGGCCUACAGAUGUAACAUAUAACAUCCAUCACAUCUGUACUCUCAUCCAACGCCAAAAAGUAAGCUACAGUAGGCCUACUUGCAGUCAUGCAUGAUAAUGAUUUGUCUCAGCUCCCCCCCUCGACAUUAUCAGAAUGUCAACAAUUAUGCGCGUCACCGUGCGUCGGGACAAAUAUACCAUUUCGAAGUUUUUACCUCCACUACGCACCCAAACAAUUUCGCCAUCUGAUAUAGCUUCUUUGCUUUGGCAAGCUCAAGCGAAACAGCAAAAGACGGAUUCCUGUGUAGUUCUGGCAAUUAGUCGCUAUUGUUAGUGUAGGCUAGCCUACUUUUGAUUUGAGGUCGGCUACGACAGCGGCCGAGAAGCUCCGUGUGUGUAGGGCAGGCUACUUCUGAUAACUUUUCGCAAGGUGUUGUAGUGUAGUGGCGACGGAAGUUUAAAUCUUUCAUGGCUGAUAUAGUUUCUAGCAAAACUUGACAUGGGUUUGCCUUACCAUUCUAUGAACAGACACUGCUUCCGAUUUUGACUGAAAGGUAGCCUACGGUUUUCUAAAUGAGUUUUCUACUUUUCUUCUAUGUGUGCACUGUUUUUCCUCAGCGAUGGUACCUUAUGGGGUACCUUAUUUGAGAUAGAACACCUGGUACCAGAGUAGAGUAGAGUAGAGUAGAGUAGAGUAGAGUAGAGUAGAGUAGAGUAGAGUAGAGUAGAGUAGAGUAGAGUAGAGUAGAGUAGAGUAGAGUAGAGUAGAGUAGAGUAGAGUAGAUAUCAUGCCAUGGAAAAGCCCCAGAAGUGUUUUAGGGCCACCAGGUCAGAUACUUGAGCUUCUGUUCAUUUGAUCGUAGAUUAAGUGUUGAAACACACUAAUGCGCACAAUAAUGCUGCAACUCACUGAGUAGUCUGCUGUAGUGGAUUUCAAGGUCUACUUUUACUGUGUAGGCCAGGGCCUAUCUGGUCAUCUCAAGCGUGCUGUAGAGACAUCCGCAAAAUGACUUCAAUGUUACAUAUUGCUCUUGUGUUUUUACUAACACUUACCGUUGUUACUUUGCAAGUUAGUUUUUGUGCUAUAUGAAUAAUAAUAGCAAUAGCAAUACUAAUCACCAUAAUAAUCAUCAUAAUCAUCUCCGCACUGACUCUGCCCUGCUACUGUGGAAACAAACAAUCCAAAGGCAGAUGCUGAUGCCUUGCUGAAAAAUAGUUGGCACGCUGAAAACUAAGGUGUUUUAUACUUGAGAAAACCUUUAAGCCUUAUAUCCCCUUAAUAUGUUCAUUUUAAUUUAAAAAAACAAGAAGAUGUAUAUUUAGAUAAAUUAUGAAUGUGGAUCGUGACUAGAUCGACAAUGAAACCAAAUCACAAUGAUUGUAUUGUUAUGUACUGUAGAGGUACGUCUAAGAGGAUCUUGGCCUUGUAUGAAUCGUUUCCAAAUGUGUGUUACUGGCAAAACAAUGGAUGAGUUGUUUUAUAUGGUGAUGCAGUAAUUUUUUUUAAUGAAGACCAUACAAGAUGUGUUUUAACAUUAUUAAUUGUUUUGUUUCUGCCAAACAAUUGUAUUGUAUUGCUACCGCAAUCCAAUAGUGUUACAUAGAAAUGAUCUUUCAUACUUGCCCUCCUCACCAAAAAAUCGGUGAGAUACAGUAGCACUGAUAUUUUUUCUGAUAUCUGUAAAAUGAUUAAGCACUACUUGUAAAGUCCUUUGUAGAACCAAUAAUAUUUAUUUUGUUUACAUCCUUUUUUUCUACUUCCAUGAUUUGACUGUAUGUCCGUGUAUGUAUGGUUAGGGGUAAUCUACUGUAUGGUUGCCAUGUGUUAAGGGUAGCCCUCUUUUUUUUUAUGAAAACCUUUUUCUAUAGUAUUUGGUGUGAGUCAGUUGCUUCCAUUAGUGGGGUGUUUGUGUUCAUAUAUUGAUCCUUUUUUGUUCACAUCUGUUUUAAAUAAAUAAUGUUAAAAUGUGUUUUGUGUUGGAUGUGUUUUGUGAAAGAACAAAAAGAAAACAAACAGUAAAGACCAAGGCACUCAUGUUCUGGUUACAUUCAUUGUUAAGAAACUUUUGUUGUACAAGACAUUGUAUUAAAGUCCAAAAAUUGUCCAAAAA